CAGGAUCGGACUUCGACGCGCUUGGACCCAUCAGUCCCUGAAUUUGUCCAAUGCGAGGACCCAAUACUCCAAGAGGAUUUUCUCCUCCACGAGUCGUAACCGGAAUUACCGCCAUAGUCGCGGUUACUUUCGCUUCUUAGACGACAUUCCUGAAAAUACGAUCUUCUGGGGUAUCAUUGGUUUGAAUGGUGCCAUCUUCGGACUUUCUUGGUGGGCCAAACAGAAGCUGACGGUCGAACGCGACCCCCGUCUAUACACCAUGAUGCGCAAACAUUUCUACGCCAACUGGCAUAACAUCUCGUCCGGGCGCAUAUGGACCUUGUUUACUUCUAUGUUCACUCACAACGACUCGGAUGUUACUCACAUCUUGUUCAACGGCUUCACCUUUUACUUUAUGGCACCGUUGGUUCUACAGAUACUAGGAAGUCGUCGUUUUCUGUUCCUCUAUCUCGGAGGCGGCGCACUGAGUGAGCUGUUUUCGAUUGCAUACGAUCAGAUAACUACGGGCAGAGAUCGAUACUCUGUGGGCGCUAGUGGUGCCAUCUAUUCCAUCCUCUCUUUUCUUGCUUUCACAGAGCCUCGUAUGACACUUCUUAUCUAUGGAAUCGUGCCUGUUCCCAUCUGGCUGGCGGUCACAGGCCUCUUCUCGUAUGAGACGUAUCUCACGGCUUGGGAUAAGGCCGGAACCUCUAAUUCCAGUGGGCAUGUUGGAGGGAUCUUGUCUGGAGCAGGUCCUUGGGACAACCGACUGUACCUCCCACCCACCGCCAUAACGUCAGAACUAAACCCAAGCACUAACAUGGAUCGGCCGUCUGUUCCUCAACUCCCUUCUCUCUCCUCCUCUCUGGUCCAAGCUGCCAUUCAAGCCACAGCGCAGUUCACACCAGUCCCGGCCCUGGCACCAGUUGCACAACUCGUGUCCAAUAUCAUCACGCUCUGCCAGAAUGUGUCUCAGAACAAGGCCACGGCGGCACAAUUGAGCACUAGAUGCCAUCGGAUGCUCCUCGUCAUCAACGAGAGGCAUACUAUGAAUGAAAAUGUCGAUGCUGCCCUGAAAUCGUUCACGAAAUGCCUGGGCGACGUGCAAGUUAUCAUGGAGAAGUGUGUACAACUCUCGAAACUCAAGGCGUUCCUCCACCAAUACGAUAUCUCGGUCGAGAUAGCGAGGUGUCACAGCAUCCUCUCAGACUGCUUCAAUGCGUUCCAGGCAUGGGUUGUCCUCAGGUUCGGUAUUGGAUCCUUACUUCAAGAACAGAUCGCUUCGCACACUGAGCUACACGAAUGGCAAGCUCAGUUUAAGGAAUCUUCCAAACAAGAUCAUCGAGAACUCGUGGGAUAUCUAGGGGACAUCACGAACUCACAGACGAUCAUCUACGAUCUUCUAGAGAAGAUCCACGAAAACACUCUUGCAGAGAGGCAGUCGCAGUCCUCCGAUUUCUUGCGCGAAACCAAAGUCAAAGACCAGUCGCAUAUCGGGCUAUCGAGCAACCUGUACGAUCUGCAGCUGCAGAGUCGCGAGCUCUUACCCGACUUCAAUCUGCGCUCUGGGGAAGUGAUAAGAAGCGGGAUAUUUCCGGUGAGCGGUACCAGUUCUAUGGACAUCUAUGAGGGCCUUUACUUGCAGCGCGAAAAAGUGGCGAUCAAGGUUGUCAGAGCUGUCAACGCCGGUCCAGAUAGUGCACGUAGAUUUGAACGUGAAUGCGAAAUUUGGAAAGAAUUGUGGAAGCGUGACGGAGGCAAAUACAUCCUGCCGUUUUAUGGUUUCAGCCAAUCGGAUGGGCCAUUUCCUUACAUCGUCAGCCCAUGGCAAGCUAACGGGUCGGCGAUCCAAUAUGUUAAACGGCACGAUCUAUCGGCCAAAGGUAUUGCCCUUGGCAUUCAGAUCUUGCACAAUAUGACACCUCCCAUUGUGCAUGGGGAUAUCAAAGCAAUGAACAUCGCAAUCAAUAAUCUAGGAAACCCUCUAAUCGCCGAUUUUGGAUUGUCUUGUAUCGUUGAAGACAUCACCGGGAUUCCUUUCAGUCAGAGUCGGGGCGUCAGUGAAUCGUAUCGCUGGUUUGCACCUGAACUCUGUGUGGGGCAAGGAGUUCUCUCUGCCAGCUCAGACAUCUAUGCUUUUGGUAUGACUGUGCUCGAGCUGUUCACCCAUGAACAUCCCUACAAGGAGGUCAAACACACCGCCGAGGUCGUAAUCAAGUCUUCUCAAGGCAUACAGCCCAAGCGUCCGACCUCAGAACGUGUGCUGGAACGCGGGCUUAGUGACGCUCUGUGCUACUACAAGGCCACAGGCUGGAACGAGGACAAUCUAUACGCCAACAUCACUCGGUCUUCGAAUGCGAUCCUCGAUUUCUCCGUCCCCAGAGGGCUCCAUCUCGCGGUGUCCAAGUCACCCAAUUCUCUCUUCAAGACAACAUAUUCCAUGACUGCCAUGCCCUCACUCAGUGGCUCUGUCGGCUACAUCUUCACUUCUUGCGAUCUCGAUGUCAAGAAUUCCGGGAAUGUCCGGUUCAAGGAUAUGAUUGAGCGAUUCCGCGUUUACGACCAGCCGCGCCGUGCCGAACCAAAGGAAGAGGAGUUUUUCAAUGGAGAGCUAGUAAACAACCGUGACUACCUCAUGUAUGGCCGGUUUUAUCUCCCCACGGGCCGUCUUGACGCGCUCUACUCGACGCGUUUAUCACCGACCGUCCAGGCUCUCGUGGCCGCUAUCUCUCAUCCGCCUUCCAAUAUCAACUCUCCUGCACCGCGUAACUCGAACGUCAGCAACCUGAUCGUCAACAUCCAACACGACGUGGGGAAGUGGUGCACAGAAUACACCUGGAGCGCAGACGAUAGCAUGUGGGGUGUGCGAGUGCUGCAUAACUUCGGCAAGCUCGGAAUGGCCCAGGAGAAUUCAGACGAUCCGGAGAAGGCUGCUGCCCGGACCGGGGUGAAACGGGUCGACGAGGAGGAUGCGAUCGAGGGGGGUCUGAAGGGACGCGUUUCGGCUGGGGCCGAGUUUUAUUUCAGCGCAAGAGAGAAAAGCGGUGGAGUUUCGACUGGUUUUCGAUUCUCGACAUUACCCGAAUCAAGUCCUCCAUCGUUCCAAGCCCCGGGACCAUCUUCUUCGCCGUUGACGACGAUAACCAGGGGCCCGCCCACUCAGGCGCCGACGACGAUAACGGCCUUGUUCAACCCUAUGCUGGGCCACAUAUCGAGCGCUUAUUCCAGCCGAGUGUCGCGAGAUCUUUCUCUUGCUUCUCGGUUCGACUUCAAUGUGUACAGCUAUGAGAGCGAAUGGACGAUGGGUGCUGAAUGGUGGAUGCACUCGAGAGCCGACGCAGAUAGUGAAGACGAAUCACCUCUGACAUCGAGAGAGAGUGGGCAGGUGCGAGGGAUUCUCAAAGCACGUGCUUCAACGAACCGGGAUGUCGCCUUGCUCUGGGAAGGCCGUGUGCAGCAGACGCUGGUUAGCGUGGGUGUUGUUUCUGACCUGUCCAACUCGGCGAAACCGAUCAAGGCAAUCGGACUGGAAUUGUCGUACUUCAGCUCAGACGAAAAAUAAGCAUUCAUUGUUGUUGUGUGAUCAUAUCCCGAGCCAUCCUAUAAAGUACACAAAAAAUAAUGAUAGGCACAGAGGUGAGAAGAGGAGCAGAGCAUGUUCAUGAAAUCAGAGAUAAGAUAAGAUGAGCUGAGAUUGAGGGGUUAUCAUCAUGGGGUCUUGCUUGGAGCGGCGAUGGUGCGCGCAAGCCUUGAAAUUGCGGCUCCCGUGAUGACGGGUCUGGCGUGCGGAGGCCGUGGGUUGCGCACAGAAGCAGGGGGCGACGAGUGCGUCCGGGCAUGCUGGUUUCCCGGCGUCCUGGUUCCCCUCGUGUCCCGCUGGUUCAGGUUGUGCGCAGACCUCGAAAACGUUCUGCCGACGGUAUGGGCCCUUUGAUGCGUCGGAUGGAAAGUCUCUGCCGGAUCAUCAGAGUUCGACGGCGCGUAGAUGGACGCAGCGAGCCCAGAAAGAGGCGCCGGCUGGACGGCAGGCUCGGAGGAUUUUUCAGCGGCCGGCUGGAGGGACGUCGGAGGAGGCGUGCUUUCCAUCCUCGGCUGCUCGUCGGCACUGAAAGGGACCACCGCCUCCUCUUUGACAUCUGCAGGGGGCGCAACUGGAUCCGGCAAUGCAGUCAGCCCAUCGACGAUGAUGGGAGAAAUCAUCAUGUCCUUUUGGGCUUGCACGCUAUCCUUGGGCUCGGGCUCCACUGGCUUCUCCUCCUGUGUGACGGUCUUCACACCCCAAUCAUCAAGAUCCGGCAAGCUUUCGUCGUCGUCACCAGCCCAAUCGAUGUGACUGCCUGGAGUAUUGGGGCGGUUACUUUCCAUCGCAGAGGCUCGCACUCGUUCCACAAAGGCAUCAAUGUCAUUCUGCCUGAAUGAUCCGGCCAAGUGAGGAGGCGUAUCCUUUGAGGGAGGCGGAGCACUGCGGGGCGCUAGGAGUCUGUUCUGCGGCCGGAGAAGGGUGCUAUCGUCCGAUGCCGGUACAUUGACUUUGAGAUUACUUCCGCCGGUGCUGAUAGCCCCAUUUCCUCCCUUCGCACUCUGCUGUGAACGGCGACGGCGGUUCGAAGGUCGGGGGACAGGCGCUGUAGCAGGGAGUACGGUCGAGGGAGAUGGUCCACCCACAAGUACCGCAGGAACGACCAAUGGUGUGGAGCGCGAUGGCUUACGACCGUGACGCCGCGAGCCCGACGAAGGAGUGGUGGUAUUAGACAGCGCCGAGAUCGAAGGAUUGGGAGAUGGCUUAGGUUUAGGAUCCGGUGUUGAUGUCGUACUGGCCGGUGUCGCUUUGGGCGGCAACGAUUCGUUGUUCGUUGAUUUAUCAUUCUUCGAAGCAUGCGAAGGCUCGGCACCGCCAUUGUCCUUACUGUGGCCGGUGGAGUUGGAGUUAGGGUUCGGCCCUCGACCACGACCGCCUCUGCUCCUUCCCCUUCCGCCACCACCACCUCGACCGCCUCUGGGGUUUCCCCCGAACGCAGAGGAUCCCAGCUCUGUUCGAGGCCAAUCACGGGCUCUAGAGUUGCCAGAUGGAGUGGCAAGUGGAGGAGCAGGAGCAGCCAUGCUUGACCCAGGACUCGGAAAUCAACUAAGGAGGCGGAUGAGGAUACUUAGACGUCAAGGAUCAAUAAGAUCCUGAGUUGUGGGGAUAGCGUGGAGGAGGUGAGGCUUGUUGGAAGGUGAACAAUCAAAUGUAUUUUUGAUGUAAACAAAGUCACUUCGUAUUGGCCACCAUGUCGAAAGCGUCCCAGCCUGAGUUGAAAAAGUUCAUGGACAAAAAAUUGUUCGUCCAUUUGCAAGGAGGACGCAAAGUCAGCGGUACAUUGCGCGGCUACGAUCUCUUCUUAAAUCUGGUCAUCGACGAUGCUACCGAAGAGACCACUCCUGCCCAAAAGCAUCCCAUCGGCACUGUGGUCAUCCGAGGGAACAGCGUCACGUCCAUGGAAACAUUGGAAACAGUACGAUAGUAUCAGUCUUGUUCUGGUCUUGGUUGUAUGAAGGCGUCGUUUGUAUCACUGUCUUGCUCUCUCUAUCUGCUGUACCAUCAGCCCACUGUCGGUGAAUGCGAAUAUCCGCACCCCAUGGCGGAUCUAAAGCGUGACUCGUCGAUAUGGGCAUCGGCACCGCGACGAAGAUUGAUCACAAUGACUACUAUUAUGCGCACGGACCAUGCCUGUAUUUGUGUCUGGUUGUGGAUGGGUGUUGGAGUGAAACUGGUGCAUGUAUCGCGAGUACUGUGUCCAGAACCAGUAUACAUUUGACAUUUCAACAACAGCAUGUAAGUGGAAUACGUCUUCACCAAUCCAUCGUCGAUUUGGCCGUUUUCGUCAACGCCACUGGUAUCCGAGCGCCCUUGAAACCAAAUCCGUCCAACCACGGCCAAAUCUCGCUUCUGCGCUUCUCAAAGGUGGUGAUGGUCUCCGCCCGCUGCAUAGUCAGAGCGAUGUCAUCGAGACCGUUCAAAAGACAGUGGCGGCGGAACGGAUCGAUCGUGAAAGGGAUGGCAGCUUGCCCGUUUGGACGGCGGACCUCUUGUUUUUCGAGAUCAACCUCGAGCUCCAGCCCGGCCUCGGCAUCUUCCGCCAAUGCUUUGCACUCUUCUUGAGAGAUGGCGACAGGCAACAUGCCAUUCUGCAUCGUAUUGUUUUUGAAGAUAUCGGCGAAACUCGGCGCAAUAACACAUCGUAUGCCAAAAUCGUUUCUGAAGCUGGUCAGCAUUGGAUUUGUUGUGGAGCACAUGCGACUCACAAACUCCAAGGCGCGUGUUCCCGCGAACUGCCGCAUCCGAAAUUCUUGCCAGUCGAAACGAGGAUCUUGGCCUUGUUGUACGGGGCCCGGUUGAGAACGAAGUCCGUGUCCUUGCCUGUGUGCGGGUCCUUGCGCAAUGUAAAGAACAAGGCGUCGGCGAGACCUGUGCGCUUCAAGGUCUUCAAAAACUGCUUCGGGAUGAUCAUGUCGGUGUCGACGUUUUCGAUGUACAUGGGAGCGGCGAUGCCUUUGACAGUGGUGAACUUCUGGACAGUGGACGGGGCCUCACUGGGUGGCAAUUUCCCUGGCGUUUGGGGGGCAGCUGAAACUUGCGGCUCCGGAGGAGGAAGAACGGGAUCAUCCAAGAAUUCAGAGGCACUCAUCACCUUGAGUUUGGGGGCCGACUCGAUGUUGGCUCCGACAAAUUUCCGGACGUCAGUGAGCUUGCCGGUCAUGGCGGCAGCGGCUGCCAUGGCCGGGCUCAACAGAUGAGUGCGACCGCCUGAUCCCUGGCGACCCUCGAAGUUGCGGUUGCUUGUAGAUGCACACCGCUGGCCGGGGGAGAGCUGAUCAGGGUUCAUGCCAAGACACAUCGAGCAGCCAGCUUCGCGCCAAUCGAAGCCAGCACGUUUGAAGAUGGCAUCGAGACCUUCCGCCUCAGCCUGUUUCUUGAUGAGUCCAGACCCGGGAACGACCAUCGCAUCGACAUUCGCAGCAACUUUGGCAUCCGGCCCAGCGGCAAGCACGAUCUUGGCGGCGGAACGCAAAUCCUCGAUGCGACUGUUGGUGCACGACCCGAUGAACACCUUGUCGACUGUGAUUUGCUCGAUGGGCGUGUUAGGUUUGAGCCCCAUGUAGGCCAAGGAGCGCUCGACAGAGGAGCGUUUUACGGGAUCAGCAAAGGUCGAUGGGUCGGGAACAGAGCCUGUGAUGGGCACAGUGUCCUCGGGCGAAGUGCCCCAAGUCACGGUCGGGAUAAUGUCCGCCGCAGCAAUGUUGACCUCGAUAUCGAAUUUUGCGCCGUCGUCGGUCUUCAACGUUCGCCAGUAAGCCUCUGCGCGAUCCCAGGCCUCUCCCUUCGGUGCAAGCGGUCGGUUGCGGAGAUACUCAAACGUGAUCUCGUCCGGUGCAACCAUGCCAGCCCGGGCACCACCUUCAAUACUCAUGUUGCACACGCUCAUCCUUGCCUCCAUGGAGAAGUUGCGGAAGACAGAGCCAGCGAACUCGAUCACACAUCCUGUCCCUCCGGCUGUGCCAAUCUGACCGAUGAUGUAUAAAAUAACAUCCUUCGAGUUAACCCCGUCGAGCAGUUCUCCGUCGACCGUGAUACGCAUGUUCUUUGCUUUCUUCUGCAGCAACGUCUGUGUUGCGAGCACGUGCUCUACUUCGGACGUGCCGAUGCCAAACGCGAGAGACCCAAAUGCUCCGUGUGCUGGAAGAAAAGAUCAGACGGACUUGACGUGGUGCAAGGAAGAACGGACUAGACGUGUGAGAGUCGCCACAAACGCAGGUGAUACCGGGGAGCUAACAUGCAUUAGGCGUGAAAUCGAAAGCUCGUAAUAUGCUCACAGUGAAUCCUUGUUCGGGGCCGAUAACGUGAACGAUGCCCUGUCGCUUGUCGGUCAUACCGAAAUAGGUCAAUCCAAACUCCUUGAUGUUGUCCUCCAAGGCAGCACAUUGGGCACGCGAGUCGGGCUCUUCGAUGAACGACGAAACAGAGACAAAGUUCUUGCGUGACACAGUCCUUUCAACAUGUCAGCCAAUGAGAUGUGCGGUAUGAAGGGAAAUAUCUCACGGGAUGUUGUGAUCGACCGUAGCCAGCGUGCAGUCUGGUCGCCGCACAGGUCGCCCCGCAUUCCUCCUACGUCAUAUCAGAGCCAGGAACGAGAUAGGAAGAAAGAAAGCACAGACAAGCCCUCGAAAGCUUGCGGGCUGGUGACCUCGUGCACCAGGUGCCGAUCGAUGUAGAGGAGAGCGAGGCCGUCGUCCUGGACGUCGCUGUAGAGGAUGAUCAGGUACGGGAUCGGCUGUGAACAAAAUGCUCUACACGACAUGGUCGUCCCAGAUUUUAUCGUAGAGAGUUCGAGGGGCGUUCGUCAUUAGUUGAGGAUAACGUGUCAGAAGAUGCGUGGUUAGAAGUAAGAAUGAGGUUAAGUACCUCGAGUCUGCAACAGAAGGAAAGUUAUGUCCGAUCGGCCGAUACAGUCUUUCGGGUCGACUUUCGGAGACGGUUCCCGAAAGCCAAUGAGGAUCAAGGAAUUUGCCGUCAGUCAGGUGACAUUUGUAUUACGUCACGCUCUAGACUCAGCUCGCGGUCGAUUUCGGCAUCAUACUGCACAGUUGGUGGCUGUACGAUUCCGUUCACGUAAUCCCUCAAGGACUCACUUUUCCGACCCUCAGCAAUGGCCAAGUCUAAGAACCACACGAAUCACAACCAGAACAAGAAGGCGCACAAGAAUGGCAUCAAGCGCCCCAUUGCUGGUCGUACACGGUCCUUGAAGGGUGUUGACUCUAAGUUCCGCCGCAACGCUCGCUUCGCACUGGUUGGCUCGCACAAAGCGCGCAGGGAAGCAAAACUCGCCGCAGCCGCAUAGGGAUUCUACCCGACACGAUAUCUGUGCGCAGUAGUUCAGGGGAGAGUUUCAGGCGUUUGAGGGUCGGAUGCCGCGCCGAGCACAGGCUCGAUAUGCCAUGCAGUAUGCUGUUUGCUAUGCCCUUGCUUUACAAAAUCAAUCAAAACCUGGCAAAAACACAAUUCCGGUGCCGCAA